AUGCCCGCCGAGGCGGCCGGCAGCGGCGAGGGCGCGGACGCGGGCGCUCCGCGGGAGCGGCGGAGGCGGCGGGGCCGUGCGCGGGCGCGGACCGAGGCGCUGCUGCACACGCUGAAGCGCAGCCGGCGGGUCAAGGCCAACGACCGCGAGCGGAACCGCAUGCACCACCUCAACGCCGCGCUGGACGAGCUCCGCAGCGUCCUGCCCACCUUCCCCGACGACACCAAGCUCACCAAGAUCGAGACCCUGCGCUUCGCCUACAACUACAUCUGGGCGCUGUCCGAGACCCUCCGCCUGGCCGAGCAGUGCCUCCCCACCCCCGGCCCGUUCCGCGGGGCCGCCGCGCCCCCCAGCCCCGGCAGCGACGCGGGGUCGUGGCUGUCCAGCGCCUCGCCGUCCGCCCCCUCGCUCUGCGCCUCCAACUCGGGCCCCAGCAGCCCGGCCACCUCCGAGGACUGCGCUUACCCCCCAGCCGACAGCCUGCGGGGGUUCCGCGGGCUGCCCGCGGCCCCGGGCGCGCCCCUCCGCUAG